AUGGGAUUAUUAGAAUUAGAUGUUCCAUUUGAUGAUGACAUGGAAAAAGGUAUUUCAGUUAUGACUGAAAUGCCUCAAGAGUCCUUUCAUUCCAUGCAAGAUGACUGGAAACUGGAAAUUCAACAAAUGUUUGAUGAGUUGAGAACAAAGGAAAAGGAGCUGCGCUCCCGGGAGGAGGAGCUGACGCGGGCCGCCCUGCAGCAGAAGUCGCAGGAGGAGCUGCUCCGGCGGCGGGAGCAGCAGCUCGCCGCGUGGGAGAUCGACGUGCUGGAGCGAGAGCUCAACAUCCUCAUCUUCCAGCUGAAUCAGGAGAAGCCCAACGUCAAGAAGAGGAAGGGCAAGUUUAAGAGGAGCCGCCUGAAGCUCAGAGACGGCCACCGCAUCAGUUUACCUUCAGACUUCCAGCACAAAAUAACGGUGCAGGCGUCCCCCAACUUGGACAAACGAAGAAGUCUGCAUAGCAGCAGCUCCAGCCCGCCCAGCAGCACGGUGAUCCCCGCCUCCGAUGAAAGCAAUAAAACUUGGGGCAGAAACACCGUCUGUCGACAAGAAGAAUUUGAAGAUAUAAAAAGGAAUUUCAAGAAAAAGGGUUGCACCUGGGGUCCAAAUUUGAUUCAAAUGAAAGAAAGAACUGAUUGCAAAGAAAGAAUAAGACCUCUCUCAGAUGGCAACAGUCCUUGGUCAACCAUAUUAAUAAAAAAUCAGAAAAUCAUGCCAUUGGCUUCAUUAUUUGUGGACCAGCCAGGUGCUUGUGAAGAGCCAAAACUUGCCCCUGACGGGUUGGAACACAGAAAACCAAACCAGAUAAAAUCGCCAACUCAGGCCUACAUCGAUCUACCUCUUUGGAAAGAUGGCCAGAGAGAGAACCCAGUGGAACCCGAAAGCUGGGAGGAGGGAACCCCAGUGAGCCCUGCUGCCGACACUCCUCAGGGGAGCCCUCCAAACAGUCUGAGCAGAUCCCCACAGAGAAAGAAAACGGAGUCCUCUCUGUACGGCUGCACCAUGCUGCUGGCAUCGGUGGCCCUGGGCCUGGACAUAAGGGAGCUCACGAAAGCACAGGCUCCUGAAGACCCGUUGCCUAAGGAAGACAGGAAGAAACGUGAAGGCAUCUUCCAGCGGGCACCGAAGUCCCGCCGCAGUGCCAGCCCUGCCGCAAGGCUGCUGGCCGCGGGCGAGGGAGCCGGCAGCACCCCCUCACUCCCACCGUUCACCACUGCAAACCUCCUGUCGGCGCCUUCCCUCUCCACCAAGUGCCUGCUGCAGGCCGCCGGCGAAGACUCCUUCGAGAGCAGCACGCACAUCUCUUGUGCCCCUCGGGCGCCCACCCCAGACCCCUGCGCUGCCUCUGGAGGGAGGAGUCGGAAGUCCACCCCUGUGCCCGGACUGGAGACCAGCCGUGACGGGUGGGGAAACCUGCCUCCUCCUUCGCGGAGCGACACGGGGGGGGGGACUGCAGCGUCUCACGCUGCUGCUUCCAGAGAGAGAGCGGCUCGUCACCGCAGGACCACGUCUGACGGAAGCGCUCCCCGGCCCCCAGCUGGUGCAGCCCUCAUCUCAGCCCCCGGAGCCUCUGAACUGCCUCCUGAGUGGGUUUGGGGGAUGCCCCCCUCCCUGUCUGGACCUCACAGUGACCUGCCAAGUGAGGUCCCACCUGAGAAGCAAAGAGCUGUCCAUAUGGUGCCGCUGCCUCGCCCUCCCCCUCUAAGAAGCCGAGGAGGUGCCCUGCAGGCCUUCCCGCCGAGCACAGAGCCUCAGCCCUCACAGGCUGGCCCUGCAGUGGGUGGUCCAGGACCAGCCCACAGCUGUCCUCGCGGCCCCAAGAAGAGGACUCAGCCCCACGUGCCCUCCUUACUGGACACCGACGUGGAAGGCCAGAGCCGGGACCGCACGGCGCCUCUGUGCAGGAUGAGAGGCAGAGUGAGCCGACUGUCUCUGCACGAACUCGAGAAAGAAUUUCGGUCUUAA